AUUGCAUUUUUUGUUCAGAAUGUUCAGUACAUUCUGCUCCAUUAAUACAUGUUCAUAAUAGCACUGACCAAAAAUUACAGCUCAACUGAAUGUGAUCCUAUUUUACCAUGCAAGUGACACUCUGCAGGCUGCGCACACACCAGUGGUGCUUCCUUCUCUUCAACGUCCUCCUCUUCCAUGCCUUACUCUUUGGUGGAGAUUUUGUGGAAGAAUAUCUUCUUCAGUCCUCCCCGGGCACAUACACCGAUGCUAAAGUGCUGGAGCUUCGUGAAAGAGCCAGAAAGCUGGACAUGACCAUUGUGAAGAACAGUGCUUCCAAAUACUACACUAUCAGCAGCCCUGAUGUCUGCUCAGGCCAAGACAUCUUUUUGUUAUCGAUGAUCUUCAGUAAACCGGAUAACGCAUCCCGAAGGGAUGAGAUAAGGAAAACAUGGGCCAACAUCACCAAUGUCAAGGGAUUUUCAGUUCUCACUUUAUUCGUUCUGGGCGCUUCUGAUUCUAAAGCCACCCAAGCUACAGUCAUGGAUGAAUCUGAAAGACAUGGAGAUAUCAUCCAAGGGAAAUUCAUUGAUUCUUACAAUAACCUACCCAACAAGACCAUUCUAGCUAUGCAGUGGACUGUGACCUUCUGUCCCAUUGCCCGCUUUAUUCUAAAAAGUGACGAGACUAUGUUUGCCAACUAUGUAAGCUUGGUGGAGUAUUUACUGAGCUUAAGAAGACACCCUGAGGAUCUCUACAUCGGAAGGGUAAUCCAUCACGAAAUGCCCAACAGGGACCCUCAAAGCAAAGAUUUUGUACCAGUCAGACAGUACUCAGAAAAGUAUUAUCCCGAUUACUGCACAGGUGCAGCCUUUGUUAUUUCCCAAGAUGUAGCCCGGAAGAUAUACGUAGCUUCCGCAGUGAUGAAGAUAUCGGUUCCUCAUGAUGUAUUUGUUGGAAUCUGUGCUAAAAAAGCAGGCGUCACUCCAACUCACAGCUCCAGGUUCUCUGGGGAAAAGCACAUCAGAUACAAUAACUGCUGCUAUAAGUUUAUCUUCACAUCUUUGGAAAUGAAACUUGAAGAGCUGUCAAUGAUAUGGAAGGACAUAAAUGAUGGGAAAAGCUGCACAUUGUUUGAAACGUACUACGGGCUUGUUUCUUGCAAAGCAUUAACCUACUUGGAUAAGCUUUCUUUCUUUAGUACAGGCACUGUAAAGGAAGGGGUGGGUCAGCCAUAAAAUAAAUAUUUUAACUGAGACAAUUCCUUUCAUGAAAUGAAGUAUUUUAUUUAUUUUCAAAUUGACACUUCCCCCCUCACUCACUUUCCACUUUCUGUGUGGUGCUGGCUGCUAGUGCUCCAAUAUUGAGUUAUUUUAAUGUUUACCUGACUUGGAGCUUGUCUGGAAAAUUCUAAAUGCCGGAACUGAACAGCCUUCCUCAUUCUAUUCAAAACAUGUGACAAUGUGACCUCUUUAAAUUCUGUCACCUAGUCUCUCUGUCUUUGAUAAUUGUAAAGUACGUGGGGCUGGAAGCGUUGAAAGGUUACAUCGUCUUGAAAAUGUUACAGUUGGUAGAAAAAGUAUAAAAGAGGUAUGUUUCACUGAGAACAGAAUCGCAAUCUGUGCAUGAAAAGUCAAAGCAUCUGUAUCUCAGAGUGCAAGUAGAAAAUCAUCAGCCACAACAUUGUACACCUUUAAAGAAUAGCACAUGACCCAGUAGACAUCUGCUGAUUGGUCAGAAGCAACUGGUAAAUGGAAGAUGACAGCUGCAGAGGAUUGUUGGCAAUCGAUGUUCACAAUAUAACAAACACUGAAUUCUGGCAGGGAUUCUAGAACAAUGCAGAGUGAGUUAUCUAGAAAUUAUUUUCACCCUGUAAUGUGGUUUAAAGCAACUUCAUAUUGUUUAUUAUAUUAUAAAUUGACAAAUAUGUAAUAUCCUUAAAUAUGUUGGAGACCGAUGUACAUUCCUUAGAGUACAGGCUUUAGAAAAUAUAAUGUAUUUGUAUUUAAUCUUGUGUUUUGAGAAAUGUUUUGGUUUAUAAACACUGUAUGAAAUGAUUUGAACU